UAUAUAAUUAAAAACCUUUUAUUUGCAAGAUCUUGAAAAAGAUAUUAACACACUAUAAAAACGUUGCAUUUAGUUGAAAUAAACAUUAAUCAUUGGUUUAAUAACUUUGAAGAUGAUUUUCUUAGUUUUUUUUCUUUUUGUGGUUGCCCAAGCUAAAGAGUAUCUUAUUGGUAAUGCCCCUACUCUAUUAGAAAAAGGAAAGCUUAUUGCUGAAAUUCCAAAGUUAGAUAAAGAGUAUUUAAUUUCAUUUGAUAUCAAUCCGAAUAAAUUUGUUGCUGGUUGGCAUAGUGUUGUUCAUUUCACUAUUGGAUCUAAUGUUGCAAAUUAUGGUGAUAGAGUUCCUGGCAUCUGGUUCCAUGAAGAUGCUAAAGGAGGUCUCCAUAUUGCAGCACCAAUUAAUGGAAACGCUAACAGAUAUUUUAACACAAAACCAAUUGGAAAAAAUGUGUGGUCUAACAUAGAGAUUUCUCAAGUAUUAAAAAUUGCAGUUUAUGUAUACACAAUUAAAAUUAAUGGAGAAACAGUCUUUUCUGAAAUAAACAACCAAGCUCAAUUUUUUAAUAAUGUGAAAGUAUAUGCCUCGGAUCCAUGGUAUGAUGUUCAAGAUGGCUCAAUAAAAAACUUGUACAUAAUUAAUGGAGUUAUAAAGUAUCUUAUUGGUGAUGCCCCUACUUUAUUGGUAAAAGGAAAGCUUAUUGCUGAAAUUCCAAAGUUAGAUAAAGAGUAUUUAAUUUCACUUGAUAUCAAUCCGAAUAAAUUUGUUGCUGGUUGGCAUAGUGUUGUUCAUUUCACUAUUGGAUCUAAUGUUGCAAAUUAUGGUGAUAGAGUUCCUGGCAUCUGGUUCCAUGAAGAUGCUAAAGGAGGUCUCCAUAUUGCAGCACCAAUUAAUGGAAAUGCUAACAGAUAUUUUAACACAAAACCAAUUGGAAAAAAUGUGUGGUCCAACAUAGAGAUUUCUCAAGUAUUAAAAGGUGUAGUGUAUCUAUACACAAUUAAAAUUAAGGGAAAAAUUGUCUUUUCUGAAAUAAAUAACCAAGCUCAGUACUUUGAUAAUGUGAAAGUAUAUGCUUCGGAUCCAUGGUAUGAUGUUCAAGAUGGCUCAAUAAAAAACUUGUAUAUUAUUAAUGGUGUUAUAAAAACUGGAUUUCAACCUGUCAUUAUUCUUCCAACAGAUUAUAUUCACCACAUAAAAGAAUUCGCUCUAAUUCCAAGUGCACUACUUGGAACUUUAUAUGUUUUAAAAAAAGAGUAUACUGUUUUAUUCAAACUGAAGCCAAAAAAAUACUCUAAAGGAUGGAAAAAUGUUCUUCACAUGACAUUGGGUAAAGAUUAUGGAACUUAUGGUGACAGAAAUCCAGGUGUUUGGUUUCAUGAAGAUGGCUCAGGAAAACUUGCUAUUUUUGCUGCUGUGAGCGGUAAUGUUAACUAUUAUGUAGAAACCACUUCACUUCCUUUGAAGGCAUGGUCCUAUCUUAAAAUAUAUCAAAGUUUUAUGGAUGGUAAGUAUUGGUUUUCUGUUGAUUUGAAUGGAAUCAAUAUUCAUAGAGUUGAAAAUACUGAUGCCAGAGAUUUCAAAACUAUGAAGGUUUAUGCUUCUGAUCCUUGGUAUGCUGCGCAAGAAGGAUUAAUUAAUGACCUUUUUAUAAUUAAUGGAAAAGCUGAAUACCUAGUUGGUAAUAUCCAUACUCCAUUAAUUAAAGGAAAAGUUAUUGCUGAAAUACCCAAACUAGAUAAAGAGUACUUAAUUUCAUUUGAUGUUAUUCCUAAUAAAUUUGUUGCUGGUUGGCAUAGUGUUGUUCAUUUCACAAUUGGAUCUAAUAUUGAAAAUUAUGGUGAUAGAGUUCCCGGCAUCUGGUUCAAUGAAGAUGCUAAAGGAGGUCUUCAUAUUGCAGCACCAAUCAAUGGAAAUGUCAACAGAUAUUUUAACACAAAACCAAUUGGAUUAAAUGUGUGGUCCAACAUAGAGAUAUCUCAAAUUUUAAAAGGUGCUGCGUAUGUAUACACAAUCAAAAUUAAUGGAGAAAUGGUCUUUUUUGAAAUAAACAACCAAGCUCAAUAUUUUGAUAAUGUGAAAGUAUAUGCCUCAGAUCCAUGGUAUGAAGUUCAAGAUGGUUCAAUAAGAAACUUGUUUUUAAGUAAUGGCCCAUCAAGUAAUGUUCUACUACCAAGUCCGAUCAUUCUUCCUAGAGAUUUUAUUGACGAUCCAUCAGAAAUUGUUAUUAAAAGAAAUAAUUUGAUUGCGACAAUAGUACUUUUAAAGAGACAGUUUAGUGUUUCGUUUGAACUGAAACCAUCUUUGUAUAAAACAGGAUGGCAUAGUGUUUUUCAUAUGACAAUAGGUCAAAAUGUUGAAAACUAUGGCGAUAGAAAUCCAGGUGUAUGGUUUAACAAUGAUGGAUCUGGAAAAUUGCACAUUGCGUUCAGUAUAAACGGAAACAGCAAUUAUUUCUUCACUACAAAAUCGUCAUUACCCCUGAACGUAUGGUCAAAAAUAGAAAUAUUUCAGAGACUUGAAUUUUUAGUAUAUGUUUUUGAAGUAAAGAUUAAUGAAAAUGUCGUAUUUACUAUCAAUAAUAACGAUGCACGCGAUUUUAAAAAUGUUAAAGUUUACGUUAGUGAUCCAUGGUAUGAUGCUCAACCCGGUUUAGUAAAAAACGUCAAAAUUAUCAACAGCAUUUAAGUAGACAAUCCUGCCUAAAGAACUUGUAAUACUGUUUUGGUGGUGUUAAAAAUAAUAAAUAUUUUUUUUAGU